UGCCAUGCCAUACAUUCUCCUGAAAUGAGUCUCAAUCAAUUACCCGAAGAAAUUUUAAUACGCCACAUACUUUCAUAUGCAGAAAUUACUAUUUUCGAUUUGCAGAGUUUGAUGUUUUCCUGCCAUACUUUAUAUCGUUUUAUUCGAAAUUCGAACGAGUUGUGGAGACUGAAGUUCAGUACAAGAUGGCCUCAAAUUCCAAUUCAAUGCCAAGAGAGAAAUGAAAGGAUUUGGUAUGAAAGGGUAGCUCUUGCAAUAAAAGCAGCCAAAGAAGUUAACAACACACUGCAAGAAAUGUCUUUUCAGUGUUACCCUUUAAACCAGAGUCCUUUGAGUGCAGCAGAUAAGUUGAUUACGGGUCAACAUCCCAUUCCUGAAUGUGUCCAACAUGAACUUGAGCUUAUGGCUAGUACCAUCAAUGAAAAUUUGACAACACAAUACUAUGCCAGGGAUGUCUUAACCAAAGUCAAAAGCCGUGUGAUAGAACAUAAAUUACAAGAUUUGAUGGCACGACCGGAAUCCCAGAAAUCCCUAGUAGAAGGUGCUGCACUGAUUUCCCAGUGGUUUGAGCUGGGCAUGCUUAAACAAACCAGUCGAAGUGACAUAAGACGAGCCAUUGAUGACCUCACCGAAAGAGUAAAGAAGCUUACCAUUUCUACGGUGUGUGAUGCAAAAUUUUCAUUUCCAACCGCCGAAGCAUGUGAUUCAUUGGAAAAAGCCAAAGAAAUCCUCGACGUGAUUCAUCUGGUUAUGUUUCGUGAAAUAGGCUUUAAACUAUCUCCUAUUUACGGGUUGUCUCUCGAUCAUUAUUGCUCCAUCGCAGAGGUGCUUGAAACGAAGCGUGGCUGUCAUAUGCUUAUAACAAUAAUCUUCCAGGAAGUUGCCAGGAAACUUGGUGUUCCAUUACAAAUUGUAAUUUAUGGAGAACGUUCAUUUCACGGAGAAAGGAAUUUACUUCUACGAUGGAGCAAAUAUCCAGGGGAAGUGGAUGCAGACAGAAUCUACUACAUUGACGUUUGUGCCGAAAUAUACGAGUCUUUAAAGCCGUGCCAUUGUUAUCAAGCCGCCAUGGGUCAACCAGCUUCCUCAGCUCAGCAAGUGUUUCAGCAAAUGAUGAGCACAAUGUUAGAACAAUUGCGGAAUCAUUGGGGAUCGUUUCUCAACUUUACUGGCAAAGGAAGAGACAACGAUAGUAGACUCCUCAUUCGACUUGCUAUUAUUAUUUCACCUCAAGAAAGGAAUUUAGUCCUAGAAUAUGCAAACCUCUGCUUAGCUUUAAACCUCCAGAUGGACGACGCAGCUCAACUCCUUCAGUCUGUGGGGCUUCAGGGUCAUCAGAUGAUUAAGAAGUGCACGGAAAAGGUGUGGAGACAACAAAUAUUAAUCAUUGCGGCGAAAUUUGUUUGUAACCGGCCUCCAACAUUAAAAUAUGCAGUCGGCCUCAUCAUGGAAUUUAAAUCAAUGCCCGUAUUUUACACCAACCACAGCCAACCUUGCGUCAUUGUUUCGUGGAGCCCAAAUUUCCAAAAAGCCGGUCAAUGGAAGACUGUUAGAAGAAGGAAGGCGAAGAGCGUUCAGCAUCAGGCAUACUACCACAUUUUGAUAAAAAAUGCCCCCAGUGGUUUUAUCGGAUUAAACGUUGCUGAAGAAACUUUGGAGCUUCAUCAUGAUCCCGAUCUCGCUCACGAGCAGCUGGGAUCUGAUUUCAUAGGCAACGGAUACUUUGAACGAUUCGACGGCCGCAGGUACGUCCCUAACGCGGAAUUGAUAGCGAGAUUUCCUGAGGAUGAGAAAGUUGUUAUAGAUUUAAUUGCGCAAUGACUCGUCUAACUUUGACCUAGUCUUAUUGACCUAACUUUUUCGUUAUCUAGUCGCAUUUAAAAACGCAUUUUUGCAAAAUUUAUUUAAUUAUUAAAUCUCAAAUUUCGUAUAUUUAUCAUAUUUCGUAAAGUUAUUUUUUGAAUGAUA